AUGGGUUCAAUACAGCAAAGCGGCCCGGUGACGGGCAUCAAGAUAGCCAUUGAUCGUGGCGGAACAUUCACAGACAUUUGGGCAACUGCCAGCGGACAGCCUGAUCUGGUGUUCAAGUUGUUGUCCGUUGAUCCUGCCAACUACGAUGAUGCGCCCACGGAAGGAAUCCGCCGAGUCCUUUCGACAUAUGGCAAUACCGAGAUCCCAAGAAAUACGCCUUUACCCAAGUCUAGCAUUGAGAGCAUUCGUAUGGGAACUACCGUGGCCACGAAUGCCUUGCUCGAAAGAAAAGGCCGCAGACAUGCUUUCCUUGUCACGAAAGGAUUUCGAGAUCUCCUGAGGAUUGGUUACCAAUCACGACCCCGGCUCUUCGACCUCAACAUUUCGAAGCCUGAAGUAUUGUACUCAGAGGUGUGUGAGGUCGAAGAACGAGUGACUAUCGAAGGAUUUGACGAGGAUGUGGACGGUCAAUUCAACAGCACUGAAGUCAUUCCGGGUGUCCUUGAAAUGGGAGCCAACGGUCAGUUGGUGAGAAUUCUAAGGCCACUCGACGAAUCAGCCCUGGAAACGCAGCUCCAAGAGCUGAGAGCACAAGGAAUUGACACUAUUGCUAUUUGCUUUGCCCACUCAUAUGCAUAUCCUGAUCACGAGCUGAGAGCCGGUCAAUUGGCCGCGGAAGCGGGAUUCACUCACGUGUCUCUCUCCUCUCAAGUGGCAGCAAACAUGAUCAAGAUGGUGCCUCGUGGAAGCUCAGCAACUGCAGAUGCUUACCUUACCCCCGAGAUCAAGAAAUACGUUGCCGGAUUUCAAAAAGGCUUCGAGGGUGGCCAUCUCGAUGAUGUCAGGUGCGAGUUCAUGCAGUCAGAUGGCGGUCUGGUCAGAUAUGAUCAAUUCUCGGGUCUCAAGGGCAUCCUCUCCGGGCCAGCUGGUGGCGUCGUCGGCUAUGCCAGGACAUCAUACGAUGAGACUAACCGAAUGGCCGUUAUCGGCUUUGAUAUGGGCGGCACGAGUACCGACGUAUCGCGGUAUGGCGGUACUUUCGAACAUGUCUUUGAGACAACUACUGCCGGUGUGACGAUUCAGAGCCCUCAACUCGAUAUAAACACAGUCGCGGCAGGAGGUGGAUCCAUUCUGGCAUGGACGAAUGGUCUCUUUGCCGUAGGUCCAGAAAGUGCUUCGUCACACCCUGGCCCUGCCUGCUAUAGGAAGGGUGGCCCAUUGACGGUCACCGAUGCCAACCUUUUCCUCGGUAGGCUGGUACCCGAAUCAUUCCCGAAGGUAUUCGGGCCUCACGAGAACGAGGCACUUGACGAAGAAGUCGUACAAGUCAAGUUCAAGGAACUCACAGAGCGAAUCAAUGCUGAAACUGAUGGUUCUCUCACACCGCACGAAAUUGCAUGUGGGUUCUUGGAUGUCGCCAAUGAAGCAAUGUGUCGGCCAAUUAGAGCUCUGACAGAGGCAAAGGGACAUGCCAUCGCCAACCAUCAUUUGAGUUCUUUCGGUGGUGCUGGGGGUCAACAUGCCUGCGAUGUGGCAUCAAAGCUCGGUAUUGACACUGUUGUCAUCCACAAGUAUUCCAGUAUUCUUUCCGCCUAUGGCAUGGCUCUGGCAGAUGUUGUCCAAGAGGUCCAAAGGCCUUGCAGCCAAGUGUACAGCUCGAACUCGCGACAACUGCUGUCUGAUAUUUUCGAAACACUGAAGUCCCAGGUCAAGUCCAAGAUAGUCCGCCAAGGUAUUGCAGAAUCCAGCAUUGACUAUGAGUUCUAUUUGAACAUGCGGUACCAGGGAACUGAAACCUCCAUGAUGACCAUGGAAAAGGAGGGAUCAGAUUUCAAGCAGGAAUUCCUGAAGCGUCAUCUCCAAGAGUUCAAUUUCAUCUUCCCUGACGACCGGCAAAUCCUCAUUGACGAUAUUCGCGUUCGUGCAAUUGGUAGGAGCAACGCAACCAUUGGCGGAACGGCCGAGCUGGCUCAUGAGCUCAAUAACUUGAGCUUCAAGGAGCCCAAACAAGCCUCCAACGCAAACAAGAUGGUGUAUUUCAAGAAGCAGGGCAACGUUGAGACACCAAUCUAUCUCCUCCACGAUCUGACUCCCGGCACUAUCGUCAGAGGUCCUGCAAUCAUAAUCGACGCCACUCAAACUCUGCUUGUGGUACCCGAAGCCCUGGCAAAGAUCUUGUCGUCUCAUGUUGUGAUCGAUAUCAAGUCGACCAUGAAACAAGACCUGUCCAGUCAUGCUGUCGACCCUGCUACGCUUAGUGUUUUUGGCCAUCGAUUCAUGAGUAUCGCUGAACAAAUGGGACGUGCUCUGCAGAAUACAUCUGUGUCUCUCAACAUCAAGGAGCGUCUGGAUUUCUCCUGCGCCAUCUUUGGUCCAGAUGCUGGUCUUGUUGCCAACGCACCUCACGUACCGGUCCAUCUGGGUUCCAUGAGCUAUGCAGUCAAGUAUCAGCACGAGCUGCACAAGGGUAAGCUGACACCUGGGGAUGUUCUCGUCUCCAACCAUCCCUCGUCGGGUGGGACUCAUCUUCCCGACAUCACUGUCAUCACACCAGUUUUCGAUGCUCAAGAGAAAGAAGUUGUAUUCUAUGUUGCCUCUCGAGGUCAUCACACCGAUAUUGGUGGCCUCGGCGGCACUUCCAUGCCCCCCAACUCCACCGAGCUGUGGCAGGAGGGAGCUGCAAUCCGUUCAUUUAAGUUGAUUCAUAACGGUCACUUCGAUGAAGAGGGAAUCACUCAGAUCCUGCUUGAGCCUGGCAAAUACGAAGGCUGCAACGGUAGCCGUAGGCUGGGUGACAAUCUCUCGGAUCUCAAAGCACAGGUUGCUGCGAACAACAAGGGAUCUACUCUGGUAAAGGCUUUGAUGGAAGAGUAUUCUCAAGAGAUCGUGCACUUGUAUAUGGCUGCAAUCCAGCAAAAUGCAGAGAUUGCCGUGCGAACGUUCUUGAAGAAGACUUUGAGUGAGCGAGGACCAGUUCUUCUGGCGCAAGACCGCAUGGACAAUGGUUCGUUCGUGAACCUGAAAAUCAGCAUAUCUGAAGAUGGCAGCGCUGUCUUCGACUUCACCGGUACCUCAUGUGAGAUGUUCGGUAACAUGAAUGCGCCUCCAGCAAUUACGCACUCGGCUCUGCUGUACUGCUUACGACUGCUUAUCGGCACUGAGAUCCCAAUGAACCAAGGCUGUUUAGCACCCACAGAAGUCAUCCUUCCCCCAGGGUCAUUCAUCAACCCAUCUGCAGGAGCGGCCGUGUGCGCCGGGAAUACGCAGACGUCACAACGCAUUUGUGAUGUUAUCAUGCGUGCGUUCGAGGUUGCUGGUGCAUCUCAAGGCUGCAUGAACUGUCUAGGCUUCUUCGGAGAAGGCGGUCGCGACGCCGAGGGUAAAGCUUUGGCCGGUCACGCUUAUGCAUUUGGCGAGACCAUCUGUGGUGGCUCGGGCGCCACGGCCACUGCUCAUGGUGCCAGUGCGGUCCAUACCCACAUGACAAACACCCGAAUCACUGAUCCAGAGUCUUUGGAAAAGCGCUACCCCGUUAUCCUGCGAGAGUUCUCGAUCCGUACGGACUCCGGCGGAAAAGGAAUGCGGUGCGGUGGCAAUGGUGUGGUCAGAGAUAUCGAGUGCCGUGCCCCUCUCAAGUUCAGUGUUAUUACCGAGCGCCGUAUCACCUCGCCAUACGGAAUGCACGGUGGUGAAGAUGGAGGCCGUGGUGCGAAUUAUUGGGUCAAGAAGAACCCCGACGGCACAGAACGCUGGAUCAACCUCGGACCCAAGAACAUGGUGGCCAUGCAGACUGGCGACCGCUGUGUCAUUCAGACACCCGGCGGAGGUGGUUAUGGCCGCGUGGAGUCCCAGCCGGGCGAAGAGCAGACACAGCCAUCAGCGAAGGUGCAGUACCCCCGAGCCACAGGCAGUGUUGCAGCCUAUGCCACGACACAGGCUGAGGCGUCGUAG